UCGAUUGUAGGUUUAUAAACGAGUCUUCUAAGUAAACGACUUGUUCUCGUGCACUUCAAUGCACUAAUAUUUUUCGCGUGUGAAUUAUGAAUCUGCAUAAAGUCUAAGGUUAGUUUCAGUUGUGAAUGACUCAGUGUUUUUCUUUUUUUUCUUUCUUUCUUUCUUUCUUUCUUUCUUUCUUGAGGAAUCGAUUCACUCAUUACAUGUCACCUACUGGCAUAAAUAACUGAUGAAAAUGAACUAAUUUCGGUCGUGAAUAUUCGUUUUUUUUUUUUUUUUUUUUUUAUCGAUUCACUCAUAACACGUCUUCUACUGUUGUAAAUAUAUCCAUUGGACGAACCAGUUUAGGAAUCGGAAUGAAUCCUUUUGGUAAACGGUUUCAAAAGAUUCGAGUCACUGGGAUGAAUCGAUAUCCCCACCCUGUUCAUGCAGGGGCCGAUUCAGUACCAAAUAAGGACAUGAGCUCGAGCGCUUGAAGUGACGUCAGUGAGAUGGAUGGAGGAAUAAGGAGUCUUUCGCUCAGAGGCGGGAGCAAAGGUACAGGAGGUAUAGACUGUGAUGAAAUUGAGAAUUAACGGUAGUGUAGACCGUAAUAUCGUUACAUAACCCUUCAUUAAAUGCACCGUUCGUCUGUUCAUUCGCGUUAAUCCGUUAUUCCACACAGCGAAAACACUUGUGGCGUUCGUCAGAGCGAGAUAACUUGGACACAUUUCUGUUUCUCGAGAUGAGGAGAACUAAGUUCAUUUUAUCGAGUUACUAGAAGAAAAUACUCUUCCUUAUAGCGUAUAUGCUUCUGUCCUUGUAAGUUAUCUAUGUCCAGUGGUGACGACCCGCUGACGCGGUUUCCACCACAACGCCAGGGAAAAGAAAAGAGAGCAAUCAAGGCGACAGAGCACCCUAUUUGGUUUUCAGAGCCGAAGAUAAAGAAUAUUUCCACAGAUAUCAUAUCCACGAGCCUCUGCAGACAUGGAGGCGGCGAGUUUGGCACACGGGGUCUCGAGCCCGCGUGAGGGCAUGGUCAAGAACGUGAGCCUGGAGUCGCUCCAGCUGUGCGAAAGAGACGGUAAAGCUGAAGACACUGGAGUGGUAGGAAUGGAGGAGUUACCUGUUGCUCGCAACAUCAAGAUCAGUAACAUCACCUGUGACUCCUUUAAGAUCUGCUGGGAUAUGGACCCUCACACCACCGAGAAGAUCACACAUUACUUCAUUGACCUUAACAAGAAGGAGAACAAGAACUCUAACAAAUUCAAACACAAGGAUGUGCCUACGAAGCUUGUUGCUAAGGCGGUCCCAUUGCCCAUGACAGUGCGAGGCCAUUGGUUCCUGAGUCCACGGACAGAAUACACCGUUGCCGUGCAAACAGCUUCCAAACAGACCGAUGGAGACUAUGCCGUAUCAGAAUGGAGUGACAUUGUCGAGUUUUGUACAGCAGAUUAUUCCUCUGUGCAUUUGACGCAGCUGUUGCAGAAGGCUGAAGUCAUUGCUGGCAGGAUGCUCAAGUUCUCCGUCUUUUACCGGAAUCAGCAAGAGGAAUACUUCCAACACUGCAGAGAUGUUCUUGGUGGCCGAAUGAUGCCCUCAGUAAAGGAUAACAGCGGUAGUCACGGUUCACCUCUCAGCGGUAAACUUGAGGGGAUCUUCUUCAGCUGCAACACAGAGUUUAACACAGGUCAGCCCCCGCAGGAUUCCCCGUACGGCCGCGUCCGCUUUCAGGUGCCCGCCGAGGUUCUGUUCACCCCCGACACACGCCUCUACUUCGGGGACUUCUACUGCAUGUAUACUGCCUAUCAUUACGUUAUCCUUGUCCUGGCUCCUCGGGGCUCGAGCGGAGACCUUUACUGCAGCGAUCGCCUCCCGGAGCUAGAUGUGACGAACAACCGCUUUCUGACACGUGUGUGCGGGGAGGAUGGGCGGGUGGUGUUUCAGCAUGCGCAGGAUGUGAUUCUGGAGCUGAUUUAUACUGAGCCGGUGUUGCUGGCACAGGGGACUGUCUCUCAGAUCAGCGGCCACCAGUUGAUGAGCUUGUCAACCGUCAAUGCCAAGAAAGACCCCAGCUGCAAGACCUGCAACAUAAGCGUUGGCCGCUAACUUUGGCGCACACUCACUCACAGACCCAAUUGUGCAUAGGCUAUAACAAGGUGAAGACCUCAGAUAAGACCCCUCAAAAUGGUACAGAUGAACUCCAAGAAAAAUGGCCCCACAAUCCUCUAUAUAUGUCAAUGUGACACUCAAAACCCUUGGAGGCUUCCCAGAAUCUUCGCUUAGGCUAGAAAAUUCUGUGCUUGAUUAACUGAGCAUUCUAAAAGAAUACAUGUAAAUUAAAAAUACAUUAUUGUGCAACAGGAAAACAAAACAACAACAAAAAAAACAGAAGAGUAAGACAAAAAACAGUUUCAAGGGGGGGGGGGGACUGCAUAUCAAGACAAAAGACAAAAGCAUAUCAAGACAAAAAAAAAAAAGAGAGAGAGAGAGCAAGAGUAAAAGCUACUUUUUCCAAAAACUUAAAUCCCACUGUGAAUCUUUCAGAUGUGUUCUUGGUGCUUUUUCUGCUCGAUAUUUAGACCCCAGCCCUGUUUAUCCGCAAACCAUUUGUGACCUUUUUUUAACACACAACAUUGUCUUGCUCAGUUUCCUCGGAGGCCAUCAAACCGCCCAUGUUUCUUAUGUCAGACUUGUACUGCAUGAAGUCUGAUCCUUUAAGCAUCUACAGUACAUGCCAUCUCAGCCUUUAAACUUCUAUAUGGGGAUUUUCUUCUCUUACAUCGAUCAUUUCCCCUUUGGCCACUUAGGCCCACUGAGCCUCUAUUCACCCUUGACAUGCGCCUCUGAGGAAUUCUACUGCAUGUACAGUACAGUAUACUACCUAUCAUUACAUUAUCCAGAUGGAGUUGCUUUAAGAGUUUUACGCCAACCAAUCCUUUAAGCACCUACAUGCCACCUCAGCCUUUAAACCUUCUCUUUUACACUCAAUCUUUUCAUUUUCUACUCUGAUCGCAGUUGUCCUUUAACCUUUCUUACUCAUUAAACAUUGUAUUUUCAUGAUCUUGUUUCAUUGUUAUGUUUUGUUUUUAGAGAAUGUGUGUUGCAGUAGUAAUGGUGUGUUGAUUCUUGAUAGAACAUAAAGCAGUUAGUAGAAUUGAUUUGUCUAAAACAUAUCCUAAACAAAUCCAUUGCUGGACACAACUAUGUCCAGGUUCUUGAGGGUUUGCACUGUCCUAUUAGAGGCCCUCUGGUGGUGAAAAAGAUCACAGAUGCAUGCCUAAGAUUUUUGUGCUGUACUGUAUCUGAACUUGUUACUUGUUCCUUACGCUUCAAAAGCCAGUCACAACAGACAGUGAUGCACAAUUUUAUUUUCAUUUCUGAAAACUAUUAGCUGCCAGUAUCCUAAAUCCUGUGGUCAACAUGUAGCUUUUGCUAAAAACAAAAUAUUUUUUUUUAUAUUUUUCCCCACUAUAAACAAUUCUACACUCUUUAUUCUCAUACACUACUGUUCAAAAGUUUGGGGUUAUUAUGAUUUUUUUUAAUGUUUCUGAAAGAAGUCUCCUCACCAGGACUGCAUUUAUGUAAAAUAUUUUUAAAUGUAUUUUAUUCCUGUGAUGACAAAGCUGAAUUUUCAGCAUCGUAACUCCAGUCUUCAGUCAGAUCCUUCAGAAAUCAUUCUAAUAUGCUGAUUUAGUGGUGUUAUUAUUAUCACAGUUGUGCUGCUUAAUAUUUUUGUGGAAAUGGUGAUGCAUUUUUUUCAGGAUUCUUUGAUAAAUAGAAAGUUCAAAAGAACAGCAUUUAUUUGAAAUAAAAAUCUUUUGUAACAUUAUAAAUGUCUUUACUGUCACUUUUGGUCAGUUUAAUGCAUACUUGCUAAAUAAAAGUAUUAAUUUCUUAAUAUUAAUUACUACAACCAAACUUUUAAACAGUAGUGGGGGGGAAAAACCCAGUGAGUGUGUUUUGUGUUUUCUGGGAGUUCUGAUUAGUUCUCUGGGAGUGUGUGUGCGUGUUUUUGUGACAUAACAGGACACAAAUUUGUAUAAUGACAUGGGUAUGACGUAGGUAUUACAAGGAGAGGGUGACUUAUGAAGACAAUACCCCAUGUCCCCAUUUUUCAAAAGGCUUAUAAAUCAUACAGAAUGAGUUUUUUUGAGAAAGUAAAAAUGUGCACACGUUUUCUGUGAUGGGUAGGUUUAGGGGUAGAGGUAGUGUAGGGCGAUAGAAAAUACAGUUUGUACAGUAUAAAAACCAUUACACCUAUGGAAUGUCCCCACAAUUCACAAAAACGUGUGUGUGAGAGAGAGAGCUGAUUAGACUAGAGUGUGCUGUGUGUCAGCUGGAGAUACGAGUGUUUGACUGAUAAGCAGCUCCCAUUUACUUAGCUCAAGAAUUUGUGUUUUGGCAGAGGAAGUCUGUCCUAUCUCUGUGAACUUAAAUAGAGAAGACGGGAUGAAAAUGAAACGUUUGAUCAACUUACUCUAAUCUUACUCUGUAGAAAACAAUAGUUCAACUUUGGACUCAUGCACCCAAAUCAAGUUAUCGCUGUGUGAAUGUGCCUCAAACUGACAGACAUGUUCAGUAAAUAUUUUUGUUUUUCUUGUUGCCAUGUUUAUGAAAACCAAAAUGUGACUGUUCAAUAAAGAUCAUCCUUAAGAAUGAA